AUGAACCCUAUUAGAAUUUUAAUAAUUCUAAUAUUCAAUGCGAUAUUAUGGAGUUCGAUUAAUUCUGUUAAAAAUAAUAAAGAUCAAAAGGAGUUGCCAAGAGUUGAGGAGACCUCAAAGGGUUUGACUAAUAAUAAGAUGUUUGAUGAAGGGGCAGAAUCAUUGGUCGAUCCCCAAAUUCCACUGUUCAAACCAAAAUCUAAAAUUUCAAAGGAGACAACUAUGGGUAAUGAAGAAAAAAAGUUAAAGAGAAGAGUGUAUAUGAAAAGAUACAGGCAAAAUAAUAACGAAAAAAUGCGAGAGCUAGGUCGAAAAUACUACCAAAACAACAAAGAAAAGAUUCUAGAAAGUGUCCGAAAAUACUGCCAGAAAAAUAAAGAAAAAAGGCGAGAAACUGAACGAAAAUACUUCCAAAAAAAUAAGGAAAAGAAGCGAGAAAAGAAUCGAAAAUACCGAGAAAGAAGGAAAAAUAAACUAGCAAGUUCACAAAAUGUUUAUUCUGAUAAUGGAGAAACUUCUUUAGCUAAUAAACAGAAUGAUGAUUUUAGAAAUAAAGGUAAAAUGCCAAUCGUUUAUGAAGAUAAUAUCCAGUAUGAAGAAGAAAAUCGUUCUAAUCAAGAGAAGGAAGAAUGUAACAAAGACGAAACUGAAAACUAUGUAGAUGAGCAAAAUCAAAAGCUGGUAGAAGAGCCAAAGAAAAUUCGUGAAGAUUGCAUGAAUCAGAUAGAUUUGAAUGAAUAUCCGUUUGAUUUGAACGAGGAACCUGAGGAUGAAGACAAAGACGAAGCUUAUAUGGAUGAGCAAAACCAAACUGUGAUAGAAGAGCCAAAUAAAAUUCCCGAGAAUUGCAUGAAUCAGAUAGAUUUGAAUGAGAAAUAUUAUCCUUUUGAUUUGAACGAGAAACCUGAGAACGAAGUUGAAGAUAGUUGUUAAGAAAGAGAUAUAUUUGAAAAAACCCGAUUAAAAAAAAAUUUUCA